AUGCGGAAGAAGUGUAACGCCAUCGCCAGGACAGAAACGCUAUCAGAGAGAAACUCCGCCACAUCCAACUUCCUGAAGAUGAAGAAAUCUGCAUUGCUGAUCCAGAAAACAUGGAGAUGCGCCGCGGUUUCUCUCGACUGCAGUAUUUGUAUCGCCUCUCGUCAAGCUCUUACCAGACGUAUCACGUGGCUCGGGCAGAGGAUCACUUCUGUUCCAGGGCCAGCUGCAGAGGAUACCUUUGCGCGCCGGGCGCUUAGACACCCGACUCUGGGCCGUUAUCACACCAUCCAGGCGUACACCAGAGGAAUGAUCGCCACUGCCUCUACAAAAGAGACUCAAAGGAGAGUCUACUUACCCAAUACCGCGCGAUUGGAGGCAGAGAAGAUGCGAUUGGCUGAGGAGCAGAAACUGAGGAACCAGAUGAGCGCGAGGAAAGCCAAAGAAGAAGCCGAGAAGAAGCACCAGGAGCGCCUGGCGCAGCUGGCUCGAGAAGACGCAGAGCGUGAGAGGAAGGAGCGAGAGGAGGCCCGGAGGAAAAAGGAGAUGCUGGACCAGAUGGAGAAAGCUCGGCACGAACCGGUCAACGACUCUGAUAUGGUGGACAAGAUGUUCGGCUUCUGGGGACCACUAACUCCUUCCUGACAGGAGGGUCAAGCUCCGGCUGGGUUUGAGGACCUGGAGCGAACGCACAGGGAAAUCGAGGAGGAAGACCUGGAUGAAGCUCUUCCUCUCCCGGAAGAUGAUUUGGAAGAUUUGUCGGAGUAUAAAUUUGCCAAGUUCUCUGCCACGUAUUUCCAGGGCACGAGCACACACACUUACGUGCGCCGGCCGCUCAAACAGCCCUUACUGUUUCACGAAGACGAAGGAGAUCAGCUGGUACAUGGCGCUGGCGUGUGGAUCACGAUUCUUCGCUUCAUGGGUGAUCUACCAGAACCCAAAUACCACACGGCCAUCAGCGACGGCAGCGAGAAGAUCCCCGUCAUGACCAAGAUCUACGAGACUCUCGGCAAGAAGACCUACAAGAGAGAGCUGCAGGCUCUGCAGGGAGAAGGAGAGAACUCGCACACGGAGAGCCACAAGAAGAGCAGCGUGCGUCACAAGCUGGUGUCUCUCACCCUGAAGAAGAAGUCGAAGAUUACAGAGGAGGUGGGUGACGGGCGUCUGAACGACGGAGAAUACACAGUGCGGAACAGCAUGCUGGAGGACCGGCCCACGUCCAACCUGGAGAAGCUGCACUUCAUCAUCGGCAACGGCAUCCUUCGGCCAGGCCUGAGGGAUGAGAUCUACUGUCAGAUCUGUAAGCAGCUGACCCAGAAUCCCUCUAAAAGCAGUCACGCUCGCGGCUGGAUCCUCAUGUCUCUGUGCGUCGGCUGCUUUGCUCCUUCUGAGAAGUUUGUGAAGUACCUGAGGAACUAUAUCAGUGAGGGUCCUCCGGGUUAUGCUCCGUACUGCGAGGAGAGACUGAGGAGGACGUUCGUGAACGGAACAAGAACACAACCGCCGUCCUGGCUCGAGCUGCAGGCCACGAAAUCAAAGAAGCCGAUCAUGCUGCCCGUGACGUUUAUGGACGGAACCACGAAAACGCUGUUGACGGAUUCAGCGACCACAGCCAUGGAGCUCUGUAACGCACUCUCAGACAAGAUCAGCCUGCAGGAUCGCUUCGGCUUCUCCCUGUACAUAGCUCUGUUUGAUAAGGUGUCGUCUCUGGGCAGCGGUAAGGAUCACGUGAUGGACGCCGUGUCUCAGUGUGAGCAGUACGCUAAAGAGCAAGGCGCGCAGGAGAGGAACGCCCCCUGGAGGCUGUUCUUCAGGAAGGAGAUCUUCACGCCGUGGCACGACCCGACGGAGGACGCCGUCGCCACAAACCUCAUCUACCAGCAGAUCGUACGCGGCGUCAAGUUCGGCGAGUACCGCUGCGACCGGGAGGAUCUGGCGGAGCUGGCCUCGCAGCAGUAUUACGUGGACUACGGCUCGGAGAUCCUCGUGGAGCGUCUGUUGAGUCUCAUUCCGUCCUACAUCCCCGACAGAGACAUCAGCUCGGCCAAAACCGUGGAGAGAUGGGCUCAGUUCAUCAUGGCGGCGCACAAAAAGGGCGUCUACACCCAGAAGAGAGUCGAUCCUCAGAAAGUGAAGGAAGAAGUGGUGGAUUUCGCUCGCUAUAAGUGGCCUUUGUUAUUCUCCAGAUUCUACGAAGCCUUUAAGUUUUCGGGCCCGAGUCUCCCCAAGAACGACGUGAUCGUGGCUGUAAACUGGACGGGCGUCUACUUCGUGGACGAGCAGGAGCAGGUUCUUCUGGAGCUGUCUUUCCCAGAGAUCACGGCGGUGUCCAGCAGCAAAGGAGGGAAGCUUCAGGCCCAGAGCUUCACUUUGGCCACCAUCAAAGGAGACGAGUACACGUUUACGUCUAAUAACGCCGAGGACAUUCGGGAUCUGGUGGUCACCUUCCUGGAGGGACUCCGGAAGAGGUCCAAGUUUGUUGUGGCCUUACAAGACAAUCCCAGCCCAGCCGGGGAUGAUUCGACGUUCCUGAGCUUCCUGAAGGGCGACCUGAUUGUCCUGGACCAGGACACGGGCGAGCAGGUCAUGACCUCUGGCUGGGCUCACGGGAUCAACGACAGAAGCAAGCAGAAAGGAGACUUCCCAGCGGACUGUGUUUACGUGCUGCCCACAGUCGUGAGACCUCCGUCAGACGUCGUGGCGUUGGUCAUCAUGACUCCGGACCAGCGGCAGGAGUCCAUCCGGAUCUCCCAUGUUCCUGUGAUGGAGACGGAGGAGAGGAUAAAGCCCUACACGCUGGAGGAGUUCUCCUACGACUACUUCAGGCCUCCUCCCAAACACACGCUCAGCAGAGUGAUGAUCACCAAGAACCGAGGGAAGGACAAGCUGUGGUGCUGCACUCGAGAGCCCAUCAAACAGGCCCUGCUGAAGAAGUGUGUGGGCCACGAGGAGCUUUCCCAGGAGGCCUGCAUGGCUUUCAUUGCUGUGAUGAAGUAUAUGGGGGAUUAUCCGUCUAAACGCACUCGCUCUGUGAACGAGCUCACGGAUCAGAUCUUUGAAGGUGCGCUGAAGGCAGAGCCUCUGAAAGACGAGAUCUACAGCCAGAUCAUCAAACAGCUGACUGAAAACCACGUCAAGUACAGCGAGGAGAAGGGCUGGGAGCUGCUCUGGCUGUGCGCCGGUCUCUUUCCUCCCAGUAAUGUCCUCUUGCCACACGUCCAGAGGUUUCUCCAGUCCAAGAAACACCACCCGCUGGCUUCUGACUGCAUGCAGAGACUGCAGAAAGCUCUACGGAACGGCUCUCGCAAGUACCCGCCGCAUCUCGUGGAGGUGGAGGCGAUUCAACACAAGACCACGCAGAUCUUUCACAAAGUCUACUUCCCCGACGACACCGAUGAGGCCUUCGAGGUGGAGUCCAGCACAAAGGCCAAAGACUUCUGUCUGAACAUCUCCGGCAGACUGCUGCUCAAGUCACCCGACGGCUUCAGUCUGUUCGUCAAGAUCUCUGAUAAGGUGAUAAGCGUACCCGAGGGUGAUUUCUUCUUCGACUUCGUCCGUCAUCUGACAGAUUGGAUCAAGAAAGCGAGACCCGCUAAAGACGGUAUAGUGCCUUCGUUGACCUACCAGGUGUUUUUCAUGAAGAAGUUGUGGACGACCACGGUUCCGGGCAAAGACUCCUUCGCAGACUCCAUCUUUCAUUAUUACCAGGAGCUUCCCAAGUAUCUGCGUGGAUAUCACAAAUGCUCCCGAGAAGAGGUUUUCCAGCUCGGCGCUCUGAUCUACCGGGUCAAAUUCGAGGACGACAAAUCGCACUUUCCCAGCAUUCCCAAGAUGCUGAAGGAGAUGAUUCCUCAGGAUCUGAUUCGCCAGCUCUCGCCCGACGACUGGAAGAGGUCGGUUGUGGCGUACUUCAACAGGCACGCUGGGAAAUCGAGGGAAGAAGCCAAGCUGAUGUUUCUGAAGCUCAUCUUCAAGUGGCCCACGUUCGGGUCGGCCUUCUUCGAAGUGAAGCAAACCACCGAGCCGCAUUUCCCUGAGAUCCUGCUGAUAGCCAUCAAUAAAUAUGGAGUCAGUCUGAUCGACCCCAAGAACAAGGAUAUUUUAACCACGUACCCCUUCACCAAGAUUUCUAACUGGAGCAGCGGGAACACGUACUUCCACAUCACGAUCGGAAACCUGGUUCAGGGCAGCAAACUUCUGUGUGAGACGUCACUGGGCUACAAGAUGGAUGACCUGCUGACGUCCUACAUCAGCCAGAUGCUGACCACCAUGAGCAAGCAGCGGCAUUCGCGCGGCCAGAGCAAGUGAACGUUUGAUUGGCGCGAGGCGGCGGAGCUGGUGCGACUGCUGCGGCCGAUUGGUCGACCGUGCAGCUGGGGGCGGGCCUUCGCGUCCCAGCUGUGGCGAAUGAGCCGCACCCCCUCGGCCAGCUCCCAGGGCUCCGAGUAUCCCAACGAAGACUCUUCGUCCGCCUCCAGCGAGGACGACUACCUCUGAGCAGAGCUCCUGCUUCUGGGAAACGACGCCUGACUCUAGAAACGUGUGUUAUGCGUGUCCUUGGAGCACAGAAGCAGUCGUAGGCGGCAACGUUUCUUUGAUGCCUUAGACUAUUAAGCAAAAUAUCUUGUGCAUUUCUUAUCGUAAACAUAUCGAAGCCUCAUUUGCGAUUAGUAAGACGUAUUUGGACUUUUUCUCGAUAUCUUGAUUUGUUUCCACCCUCAGAUUCCAGAAAUAAUUGCACCUCAGCCAAAUACGGUCUUAUCCUAACAAACCAGACGCCGACGGAACGAUUUCCGCCGUACGACUCUCAGCUCUCAUGACUGUUUUUGUGCUCCAGGGUCACGCAUCACUAAGUUGAAUAUGAACUGGAACGGCUUUGCUAGAAGCGGACUGUGCUGUAUUCCUCCCAAACGGCGUUUGGAUUGUUCAACAUUC